UUUCUAGCCAAACACAAACGACGACAAACAGCAGGACACCAGGACAGACACACGACAUGGACGCUUCCCCUUCGUUGCCGUCGUCGUCGUCCUCCUCUGCCGCCAAGAGUGGCAUCUCGGCAAAACUGCAUGUGAUUGAGUGGAAGCACGUGGUGUUGAUGCUGUUGGAAGAACACGAGGACGAAGAACGCGAGAGGCAGCAACAGUGGCAGCAGUACAUGCUCUUGGAUGGCUACGAACCAAACAAGCUGGUGGCAGCGCGGGCCAUCGUUCGUCUCAUGUUCACAUGUCGCGAGCUGUACGAAAACCUGCCUUGGGCGCUGCCGCGCUGGUGCCUGCUCAACGCGUUCAAGUUUGUCGGUGAUUGGUUGGACGGCUACGAGCCUUCCUCUGCCCGUGCUACGGAAGGCGACUGCGCAACGACAACAACUCCAACAAGCUCACGCAGCGAAGGCCCACUUGGCCCUCAGGAGGGCGAUCGGCACCUCGCCAGUCGCGUCCUCUGCGGAGAGCAUGCUGAGUCUCGCGAGGCUGAGUGGCUUCGGCAGCGAUUCUUCGUACACUCGUGGCUUGGGCUGCCGUGGUCGUGGCGACUGCCGUCCAUCAAGUUACGGAGACCAGAGGAUCGCAAUCUCUUCUCGCGCGUUGCCAUCGUCGACAUUGCCAACCUGGACGACCUGGAAGAGAAGCUGGGCAUAUGGGCUGCAUCAUCAACCUUGCUGGACUCGCAUAAGCAACUGAUCUCAGCCUCUUCCACUCACACUGGCGGUGACGAUGCGUCAACAGUCGCAAAUCCAACAAGCACUGCAAUGGGAACUGCUAGCGCUUCAGCGACGGCUCAUGCCACCAACACACGCGCUGCAACGGAGGACACACAAGCACCUACAGCACGGGCAACAGAACCACGAACGACUGCGACGCCCACAGCAGCCACCACCAGUAGCGCAGCCACCACCAGCAGUUCCACCACCACGGCAACCUCUGCCGCUGUUGUGCCAACCAACCUCAGGCCAGGAGGGAUAAUGUUGCAUGCAGCCGGACUGCACGCCGACCGUGUUGAGCGCCUGACGCGACUUCUGACCACCCCAGGCGCACCCAGGUGUCAUAUGCUCUCCUUGUCCUUUGCGCCACGCACGUACCAUUAUGUGCAGCGUCCACGUGCUCGGCGGCCGCGACGCGAACGAGCACCCCCAGUCCAUAUUCCCUGCCUGAAGGUGCAUGACAUGCACACCGUGAAACUUGACACGGGUUCAGUCAUCAUCGACAGCGUCGACUUUUGCAAUAUUGACACCAUCACGUGGACGGUCGCCCGUGAGCAGUCAUCCAUCAGCGGCAACACGAAAGACGUGCACAUGGCACGCAUUCGCAGCGCAGGUCAUUGCGACAUCAGCAGUGUCGCCGCGUUGGCUGGAGUGCCGCACGUGUCCCUCAGCAACAUGCCACGCCUGCAAGACGUGUCGCCGCUGGCACGUGCUGCGAGUAUCACCCUCGAUGCAGUGGCAGCCACGGACAUUACCGCUCUGAGUAACGUGCGCGCGCUGGACAUUUGCAAUUGCAAUGACUUCGUUGGGCAUGACCUGACCCUCAAUGUUGAGCGACUGAGCCUGUCCUCAAGCUGGGGUGUCCAGGGUUCCCUCUCCCUGUCCCUUCCACGUGCCACCACCGUCGAGAUCACCGGUUGCCAGUCGCUCACGGGCAUCACAUGCGGUCACAUUGUCCCCGUUCGGUACAUUGUGAGUGACGGUAGUGCGUGCGACAGCCUGCGUGCCGCCAUGGACAAACAUUGGCAGCAGCAACAACAGCAGCAGCAGCAGCAGCAGCAGCGUGUGCGCCGCAUUGCCGUGUUUGACUGUGCAUCCCUGAGGGCACCGCCCACCUUCGAUACCGUGGACGAGAUUUACCUGGACCUGAAAUCCCUGCACGCGCAUGACCUCAUACGACUGGCACGCCACGCGCGCCGUGUCGUGUAUCAGCCACCAUGGUCCAAGUUGGGUGACCUGCUGCUGACCAAUCAGGUUGCCCUGCCCCCCAAUGUACACCUGCAUUUGGUUCACACGCAGGUGCAUGAUCUGUUCUCACAGCAUCUGACAUCGCCAAAACCAAACGUCGAGUCGCUCUCCCUGGACUUCACGUCGCCAUUAGUGUCGCACUCCCGCUUCACCCCGGUUUCCGGCACCAGCGACGCACGUGCUCGUGCUGGUGGAGGUGGUGGCGACGGCGACGCUGAUGGGCAUGCUGUUGUUGUUAUUGGUGGUGGCAACGACAACGGGGGUAGAAACGGCACGGGCCUCCAUGGCAGGACCACGCGUCUGAGCUUGGACGUUUCGCACCUGGGCAAGCUCCACCCUCUUCGGCACCUUGCAGUGCGCGGAUUCGCGUCAACAUGUGUGCAGCUGCGGCCAUUGGGCAUGCGCCACCUCGCACAUCUGACCACACUGUCCCUCACGGACAUCACCUUUCCGCCAUCGCCUGAUGGUGAAGGGGUUGCGCUGUCGACGCGCAAGCAGAUAUGCCUUCACGCCUGCCACGGCGCUGUAUCUGUCGCGAACACAGACGAGCUCACGGUGCGGUGGUUGAGAGCGCUUCGACGAGGGGAACGCCCGCUUACCCUCGUGCGUGUGCGUGACGUUGGGCGCAUGACACUCUCCCUGUACAAGGAUGCGCACGUGACUGUUGGGUCUACGUGCCGGGUGCACACGUGCGAUGUGAUUGGCGGCACGUUUUCCAACGUUCUUGUUGAUGGUUGUGAUGGAUCGCGCGUUCAGGGAGAGGGGCAGCAAGGGCACCAUGGAGAACAGGGGCAAGAUGGAAAAGAGGCAGAACCGGCAGAAGAGGAACAACAGCUACUACCACACCUAAUACAACAACUUGAAGAACAACAACAACAAAGACGACGACGACGACAGCAGCAACAACGACACCAACAACUGCAACUGUCACUACCACUACUAAUCUUAGCAAAACUACAACAACACCAACAACAACAACAACAACAACAACAACAACAACAACAACAACAACAACAACAACAACAACAACAACAGCAGCAGCAGCAGCAGCAGCAGCAGCAGCAACAACAACAGCAAGAGCGACAGCGGCAGCAAGGUUUGGAGCUCCGGGCCUUUGCUGGCGUGGGUGUGCUGCAACUGAUGCGCUGUCGGUUCAACAACACCGCGCCGCAGUUCUGGCCGCCCGUACACAUGCUGGUCAUCGAUGACUGCUCCCCUGUACACGAGGACGAGGGCGAUCAGGUGGAUGCAAGCGCGUGCAGACCCGUGAGCGACGUGGACAGGUGGGCGAACAGAACCAUCGUGGGUCAGUCGCCGCUGCGGCUCAACGCCAUUUUCAAGGAGAUGCGACAACAGCUGCCGGUACCGCUUCCGGAGAGCGACGAAGAUGAGCUUUGAGGGGUGCUGUGUGUG